CGGCGCUGCGCGGAUUCUUCCCGAGCUCCUCAUAGGCAUCAGAUCCAGAAACUAAUAUUUUUCCUAGUUCCACGCGAGUUCUGGGACUCGAACUCACGGCUACCCUCGGCUGGCACUGAACGGGACGCGUGGUCCCUGUGCCGUGGCGAAUCAGCGGCGCGCGUGAGUGAGCACGCGGCCGUCACUCUGAAGCCUGGGGGCCGGAGGAACCCUGUGGGAGUGGUUGGUCCGGUUGAGUCUGCACUGGUGACGGCCCUGCGGGAUGGCCAGCUUCCGUGCUAGCCCAGGACCUCGUGUUUAGAAGGCUGGGUGAUCACCUGGAGCUGCAGACGCUGGGGUUUGCUGCUGCCUGCCCUGCCUUGCAAGAUGGACCCAGCACUGUCUGCUGUCCGACUCACCGUACAAGAAGCCAUUCACACCCUUUCAUCCUCAGAGGAUGUGGGCCACAUCCUCUCCACCUUGGGGACCCUGAAGCGGUACCUGGGUGGAACCGAGGAUCCAACUCUCCCUGAGAAGGAAGAGUUUACCACCAUCCACUUCUCAGCCGUUCUCAGAUGUCUGGUCAGCAAGCUGAGUCCAGGUUGGCUAGAGCUAUCCCCCGAUGGCCAGCUGGAGCGGCUUUGGGAGAGCUUCUUCCUGGACGGCCCCCCAGACCAAGCCUUCCUGGUGCUGAUGGAGGCCAUCGAGAGCACUGCUGGCCCCAGCUUCCGUCUGAUGAAGAUGGCUCGGCUGCUGGAGAUGUUUCUGAGCAAGGGCAGACUGGCGGCUCUCAUGGAGGAGCAGUGUCGCCCGCAGACAAAGCCCAGCUUCUUCCUAGUCCAGGAGACGCUGCUCAGCAAGGUGGUGGGUUUGCCUGACCACCUGGGCAACUGUCUCCAGCAGGACAACCUGACUCCGUUCUUCCCCCAGAACUACUUCCCUCUGCUUGGCCAGGAGGUUCUGCAAGCACUAAAGGCAGUUGUGAGCUUUCUCCAAGGUGGCCUAGACUGCUCUGUCUCCUUCGUGUCUCGAGUCUUGGGGAAGGCCUGCAUCCAAGGGAGAAAAAAAGAGAUUCUGGGCGUACUGGUGCCCCAACUGACAAUGCUCACCCAAGAGAGCUGUCUGUGGCAGCGGGUGUGCUGGCGGCUGGUGGAGCAAGUACCUGACCGGGCAGUGGAGGCUGUACUGACAGGGCUUGUAGAGGCUGCUCCCAGGCCUGAAGUCUUGUCCCGGCUGCUGGGGAACCUGGUGGUAAAGAACAAGAAAGCGCAGUUUGUGAUGACCCGGAAACUUCUGUUCCUGCAGUACCAGCACACGACACCCAUGCUGCAGAGCCUGCUGGGGUACCUGGCUUUAGACAGUCAGCGGCGGCCACUCCUCAUACAGGUGCUUCAGGAGCUGCUAGAGACAUGGGGCAACAGCAGUGCUGUCCGUCACGCACCCCUGGAGCAGCAGCACUACAUCAGUAAGGCCAUCCUGGUCUGCCUGGCACACCUCGGGGCGUCGGAGCUGCAGGACAUCUGGGAUGAGUUGCUGGCCAGCAUGAUGGCAGGUGUGAAGUGCCGUCUCGACAGCAGCCUGCCCCCUGUGCGUCGCUUGGGCAUGAUUGUGGCCGAGGUCAUCAGCUCCAGGAUCCAUCCUGAGGGGCCUCAGCUGAAAUUCCAAUAUGAAGAUGACGAGAUGAGCCGGGAGAUGCUGGCCUUGGCCACACCCCGACCUGCGGGCGCCUGCUCCUCGGAGACAGGAGGUCCAUCCCUGGCUCCAGUUGCCAUGGAGACCCCUGUAGAGACACCUGAAAAGACAGUGGCCAGUGAUGUGCCUCCAGCUCAGCCGCAGGGCUCUGACUCAGAGCUCGACAGCGAUGAUGAGUUCAUUCCCUAUGAUAUGUCAGGGGACAAAGAGCUGAAGAGCAGCAAGGAACCCCUGUAUAUCCGAGACUGUGUGGAAGCCUUGACCACAUCUGAGGACGUGGAGCGCUGGGAGGGAGCCCUAAUGGUGCUUGAGGGCCUGGUUUACAGGAGCCCUGAGGCCACUCGGGAGGUGAGCGUGGAGCUGGCCAAGGUGCUACUGCACCUGGAAGAGAAGACCUGCUUGGCAGACUUUGAACAACUGCGGCAGAGAGCUCUGGUGGCUGUCACAGUCACAGACCCAGAGCAGGUAGCCAAGUAUCUGACCUCACAGUUCUAUGGCCUGAACUAUAGCCUGCGGCAGCGCAUGGACAUCCUGGAUGUUCUUGUUCUGGCUGCCCAGGCACUGUCUCGGCCACGGAGCCUCCAGAGGCUUUCCCAGCAUGGUCCCCCUGUUUCUGGCACCUCGUGUUCACCAGCACUAGCUAUUUCUCAGCCUGGCAAUGCUGUGGCUCCCAGCUGGCAGCUGGUUGUGGAGGAGCGGAUCAAAAGCAAGACCCGGAGGUUCUCGAAGGGCUGUCCGCGGAGGGAGCUAUCAGGUGGCCCCAAUGAAUUCAACUCUGUGGCUGGUUACUUCUUCUUCCCCCUCCUUCAGCACUUUGACAGGCCUCUGGUGACCUUCGACCUCUUAGGAGAUGAUCAGUUGGUACUUGGAAGACUGGCCCACACCUUAGCAUCCCUGAUGUACCUGGCUGUUAACACCACAGUGGCCGUGCCCAUGGGUAAGGCCCUGCUGGGGUUCGUGUGGACCCUUCGCUUCCACGUGGACACUUACGUGCGCCGGGGCUUGCUGUCUGCUGUUUCCUCUGUUCUCCUCAGUUUACCUACAGAGCGGCUAUUGGGGGACCUGCCAGAUGAGCUGCUAGAAGCCAGAUCAUGGUUGGCAGAUGUGGCUGAGAAGGAUGUGGACGAGGACUGCAGGGAGCUGGCAGUGAGGGCUCUGCUGCUUCUGGAGAGACUCAGAGAUAAGCUCCUGUCCAUUUCCUCUCCACAGCCCUGAGGACCCCCUCAGCUACCUCCACUGGAAGAAGGGAAGGCCUGAGGGGCGAGUCCACACGCGAGCUGUCUGUGGCAGCGGGGUCUGGAGGGGCCCAUUGGUCCUAGUGUGACCCUGCCAUUACUUAUGCCCUGGCAAGGCUGAGCGUUCAGCUAAAGAUACCAGGCCUGUGCCGUGGGACUCAACAGCUUUAGACUGACUGGAAUUUGGACUGGGGUGGGUUGGGAGUGCAAGAGGUGCCUCCUCCUGAGAGCAGAACUUUGGGCUCUGUGGCCACGGCCUCAAGAGUGAAGAUAAGAGACAGCUGUUCAGCUUCUAGUAUACUCCGAAGGGGAUGCUACAACAGCAGACCAGGGGUAGCUGCUGGGUCCCCAGGGCUUCUAACAAUGUUCUGUUAGAAUAAACGGCCACAGAUGUCACAUAGUCUGCUUUUAUGGUUCUCACUGGCAAA